AUGGACCCACAUUCCAUCAAGAGGCCGCGGAUCAUGCCUCCAGAAGCAAAGUCACUGCAAAUCCCUGCCAACUUCUCGCUUCCUCAACAACACGCCCCUACCCGCAAGAGUAACCCUGCACCUCUUCACCAAGUACCUGACAUGUCGUUCGCCCCAAGAUCAGGCAUCAACACUUCAACUCUGGGCCUGAAUGCAUCCUCCACAGUGCUGCCCAAUUUCAUGUCGGGAUCGUCCAACCGUUCACUCCUCAAUGUCCCCGAACACCAAGGUGGUCCUACUCGUCGCAACUCUUACUCUAACCGCCACGCCAAAGACACGCUCUUCCACAAGGAUACACAUCAUUACCCUGGGAUCUCCAAGCAGCAGCAGAUCCAACUGGAGCGCCAGAAAAAGUUUAACCAACAAGCACAGCUGCAGCAAGCCCAUCAAGAGUUUCAUCGCCAGCGAGAGCUCUAUCAGAUGCAACAACAGCAACAGCUUCAACAACGCUUGCCCACAGCCCCAGCUACUUCAGCAUCAUCACAACCUCAAGGGUCGUCACUGUCAUCUAGAACGCCUCAUGCCCAGCACCACCACCAUCACCAUCACCACCACCAUUUUCAUGUCCACCCUCACAUGACUAACUCUUCAAACAUCCAGCAGCAGCUCAACCUCACCAUCUCGUCUUCAGUACACAGUCAGCGGGCCAUUGCCUCUAUCCCGAUCUCUUCGUCAACAUCAUCGUCUUCAUACCCAGGCGCUCCGUCAUCGGAUGCUUCACAUCCAUCUUCCUCGAACACUUCUGCGGCUUCUCCAGGCAGUGCCUCAGGCUCGCCAAGGAUGUCAUCUUCAAAUCUUCACCAUCAUCAUCACCACCAUACGAGUCUUCACCAACAUCUUCCUCCUCAACGGCCGAACCAGUUCAGUGAGUGGACGAAUGUCAAGGAGAAAGAGCGGGCGCGCUUGCUAUCCAACAUGGCCCGUGUUCGCGAGACCCAGCCGCCUAUGCCCUCCGCCGAAGCCGCCAGAGAGAACCUGAAACGACUCUCCCAUCGCCUACAUCAGAGGCGCACUCGUGCCCGCGAGACCAUUCUCUAUGAUCUUCAUCAAGGCGUCAAGACGGUAGAGGCACAGGUUCAUAAGCAGGUCGACAUGGUCCUCAGUCGGCUGAAAGAUGCUCCAGGAUCCAAGUAUGCAUUCGCAUUGACUCAUACAUUUCUCACACAAAUCCCACAAGCACUAUCGAACACCAUCCUCCCCUCAGCCAUCUCAGCGGUCGCAGAUACGGUUGCCGGUAGAACCACCAACUCUUUGACGACAUUGCGAGGUCGCGCAGGAUUGGAUGAGUUUGAUGAGGACGACGAGGAUGAGGAUGACGAGGAUGACCUGGAUGACCUGGAUGAUAUCGAGGAGUUGAGUUACCAACAGCAACUGGCCUUGCUCAGAUCGCAUCAACAGCAAGAUUCUGGCGUUUCUCAGCAGCUCUCGAGUGAGUUUGGCACCAUUGCCUUGGCGUCCUCUUCUUCGUCGUGCUCCGGAUCCUGUAGUUCUGGAUCUUCAUCGGCGACUGAAGCCUCUGCAGCCUCGGGUAUUCAUCAUUCUGGUGACGAGAGUGUGACCGAGUGUUACGGCGAAGGAACCAAGUCGUCUGCGCCAGUCUCCAUCUCGAGGAAGGGAGCAUCAGAGUUCCUGUCUGCAUCGACACACCACAACUACUCCAUUUCUGCCUCGCAAGUUUUGAACGCUGCCUUGCCGUCGUUUAUUCCCUCCAUGGUUGCUCCCAUCGUCUGCGUGUUCUCUUAUCCUUCACCACCAACAACCAAACCCAGCACGCCGCAACAGUCGACACCUUUGUCACCCAGUCUCUUUAACUUGGCCAAGGACAACCACAAGGCCGCUUCCGGAACAGGAUCAGACUCCUUGCAUGAAAUUGGAACAUUACCUUUGGAACCAGAGCGCACCGCCAUCAAACAGGAGCCUGUGGAUGAAGAUAUGCGCCCUCACCAUAGGAUCAAGGUCGACCCGGGUAUUGUUGUCGUGAACUCGAAUGCUUGGACAUCUGCCGAACGCGAGGCCCUCUUCCUGGCGGCUACACGUUUCCGUCUCCACGGUCAAUGGUCCAAGAUCCGCCAGAUGAUGGGUUUGCACCGGACAGACAAGGAGAUCGAGGACGAGUAUCAGCGCUUGUACGGAGAAGAUGACGAGGGGAUGCAGAGCGACGACGACGCCGACGAGGACCUUGUGCCGAUCAAGCAGGAGUCUGACGUUGAGGAUGAUGGCGAUGCAGAUGACGAGGCCGAGCCAGCCGUGUUUAUGAGAUUCGGAGGUCAACGUCACGCCACAACCCCGCGCCAGCAUUCACACACGCUUGCAGCCCAACAACGGCAGGACCACCAGUUCACCAUUACCUCUGGAGGAUCUGUAGUUUUAGGUAUUCAGCCUCUGCCGACCGUCCCGACACCGGCCAACGCCACCGCCAGCUCGACACGACCUAGCCACCGUCAUACCCACGGUCAUCAUGCACGAUCUGACCGCGGCGGCCACGGACAUGGCCAUCACCGCCACCACGACCGUCUCUCGAAGUCUCUCAACGAGAAGCCUCUGCGGAUCAUCAAGAAGGAGGUCAUGAUCGACAAGCGCUUCACUCUCGAGGACAUUCCUAUGCGAAUUUAG